AUGGGGCUGCACUUGGUGUCUGUUGGGGCUUUGGGGGCCCAGGGCCAUGAUGAGUUCCCGGAGUGGGCAGGGGAGGGCGGGCGGGGCUGGCCUGUGAUGCGCUCUGGGUUCGGUGACAGCACUGAACCCCUUCUGUGUGUCCUCCUGCAGACCAUGGCUGUACUGCCAUUGCUCCUCGUGCUGGUGCAAACCCUGAUCCAGUACCCCCAGCCAGCUGGGGAUGGGCUGGAUGAGGCCACGCACCGGCGAGUGAAGGAGCGUCAGGAGCUGCUGGACCACGAGAUGGCUCGGCUGCGACAGGAGCUGGAGGAGCAGGACAAGGGCUGGGGAGCCGUGCUCUCUGGUGGCCUGCAGCAGUGGCCAUUUUGGGUCCUUGCUGGAGUCCUGCUCCUUUUGGGCCUGUGGUUUAGCCGCAGGAAAAGGAGCGGUGAGGCCAGCAACAAUGAUGUACGUGAAGGUGAAGAAAGAGUACAUAGACAGAAAGAAUACACGGAUGUCAAUGUUGAAGAACAGGGUGAUAUGAAUGUGGCGGCAAACACAAAGGAGGAUAGAAAAGAAGCCAAACAAGGUAACGUGGCUGCCAUUGAAAAAGAAGACCGUGAUGGUGGCAAGGGAGAAAGCGGCAGUGUGGAACACAGAGAAAAGACCGAAGAUGCAGGGAAUGAGCAAGGCAUCCAUUUAAUGGACCACAGAGAGUGGCCUGUGGAGGCCCUGGUGAGAGCUUGCUCAGCAAUACCUGAGAUGAUGGAGAGCUUGACGCAUGUCUUUGUGGACAGCGUGAGCAAUAGCUUCUACCCAGUGCCUCAAGAAGCCAUCGGAGUGGGCAGUGCCUUUGAGGGUUGGAGUCCCCAUGACUGGGAUGGGGUGUACCAUGUGCUGGUCCCACUGAAUCCCCCACCAGGGCACACCUUCCACCUGGAGCUGAACAGCACAGGGCAGGUGGCAGACAGGACCUUCAACGUCUGUGUGGAGCUGGUGUGCACGUGCGAGAAGGAGCAGGUGGAAGAGAAGCCAUUGUGCUUCUUGCACCACUCGCGGAAGGAGCUGCGGCGGAAGCAGAAGUGCAGCCUCCUAGAGACACUCUGCACUGGCUUCUACCUGGACGUUGAAAAAACCUCCCACUGGUUCUGCCACUUGGUGAGAAGCUCGUGGCUGCAAGUGCCUCAGUGGCACUCGUGGCACUUGGUGUUUCAGCACUGCAGCCGGUCCUGCCGAUUGGAGCUGAGCAAAGGCAGGGAGAGCCUGACGGUGGAGAUGCUCUUUGGGGUGCGCCGAGGGGACUCUGACAUCUUUGUGAGCAGCCAGACCACCAAGGCCGCCAUCACUGCAAGCACAGCGUGGGCAGAGACGUACGCUGUGGCAGAGGCGAAAUUCUUCCGGCACAUCGCCAGGCAGCUGCCGUGUGAGAGCUUGCACCUGAAAUGCCUGCAGCUCUUCACCUGCAUCCUGAGGGGCACAGGUUUUUCCAGCUCUACCUGGAAGACUGUGGUCAUGCACGUGCUGACCACAGUACCACUGUCCCGGUGGCACAGGAGAGCAUUUGCACGGUGCCUGUGGGACAUCAUGGCGUACCUGGACCGCUGCCUGCAGCUGACACACCUGAGGCACUUUGUGCUGGGCAAUGAGAGGAUUCCUGCAGAGAUCAGCUUGCCGCCAGCAAUGCGAGAGGUUGUGCCACCCAACCUCUUUGAGCACCUGGCCCGAGAUCCGGCCGCCCACAGAGAGGCAAGGCAAGCUUAUGGUCGGCUGCGAUUUCGCCUCGGGGUGCUGCUCUCCAGCCACUGA